GCGAUAAUCUACGAACCAUUUACAUCACUUUUCCGUGCCUGCCUGGAAGCAGCAAGCUCGUAGCGCAACUGCUUGUGUUUUUGAGACGUGUUCGCCGUUGAGACCGCCACCAUGUCGACGAACCAGGGCAUGCAGAGCCUGAUUGAGAUUGUCAACAGGCUGCAGGAUGCUUUCUCUGGCCUGGGCACAGACGCGCCGAUCGACUUGCCGCAGAUUGCUGUCGUUGGCGGCCAGUCUGCCGGCAAAUCCUCCGUGCUGGAGAACUUCUAUGGCGAGUUUUACCACUGCCGCGGAAAGAAGUUCACCGACUUCAACGAGAUUCGGCGGGAGAUUGAGGCGGAGACCGACCGCGUCACAGGCACCAACAAGGGCAUCUCCAACCUCCCCAUCAACCUCCGCGUCUACUCCCCGCACGUGCUGAACCUGACACUGGUUGACCUGCCUGGUCUGACCAAGGUCCCUGUUGGCGACCAACCCAAGGACAUUGAGAUGCUCAUCCGAAACAUGCUCAUGGAGUUUAUCACAAAGGACAACUGCAUCAUCCUGGCCGUCAGCCCCGCCAACGCCGAUCUUGCAAACUCGGACGCCCUCAAGAUUGCAAAGGAGGUCGACCCAGAGGGCAUCCGGACAAUUGGCGUGCUCACGAAGCUUGACCUGAUGGACGAGGGCACAGAUGCACGCGAAAUUCUCCUCAACAAGACCCUCCCGCUCCGCCGCGGUUACAUUGGCGUGGUGAACCGGAGCCAAAAGGACAUUAUGGGGAACAAGGACAUUCGCGCUGCGCUGGAGGCCGAGCGCAAGUUCUUCCUCUCCCACCCGGCAUACAAGGACCUCGCCUCCAAGAACGGCACGCCGUACCUGCAGCGGGCGCUGAACCAGCAGCUGACGAACCACAUCCGAGAGACACUGCCGGACCUCAAGGUGAAGCUGCAGAAGCAGGUGCUCUCGCUCGAGCAGCAGGUCAAGGAGCUCGAAUCCUACGACACCCGAGAUGCCAAGGCAUCGACCAAGACGAUGGUGCAGCUCAUCAACAACUUCGCCAACAGCUUCGAGCGCCGCAUCGAGGGUUCGCGGGAGGUGAAUGUGGAGGAGCUGAGCGGCGGUGCACGCAUUGCACACGUGUUCCACGACCGCUUCCCCUUUGAGCUCGCAAAGAUGAAGAUUGAGGAGCGCGCACUCCGCCGCGAAAUCUCAUACGCAAUCAAGAACAUCAGAGGUAUCCGCGUUGGGCUGUUCACGCCUGACCAGGCGUUUGAGGUGGUGACGCGGCGGCUGAUUGAGCAGCUGCGCGAGCCGUGCAUGAAGUGCGUGGAGAUGGUUGGCAGCGAGCUCCUCAACGUCGUCAAGGGCAUUGCAGAGGACAUGGGCCGCUUCCCUGUGCUUCGCGACGAGUGCGAGACGCUUGUCGGAACGGAGAUCCGCGAGUGCGAGCGGCAGGCGCAGGACCACGCCAUGCGCAUGGUGGACAUUGAGCUCUCGUACAUGAACACCAACCACCCAGACUUUAUCGGGUUUGCCAAGGCGUCGUCCGCCGCUGCCAGGAAGGAGCGCGCUGGCGCCACCAACUCUUCCGGUGGCGACCAGGUGAUCCGCAAAGGGUACCUGACCAUCUCUGGUGGGGGCGCGUUUGCCCGCAGCCGGGCGUCGUUCUUCGUGCUGACCACGGAAUCGCUCGUGUGGUACAAGGACGAGGAGAUGAAGGAGCAGCGGUACAACCUGAGCCUCGAGGGCGUGCGCAUCCUCAACAUUGAGGAGGGUGGCUCGUUCCUCAACCGUCGCAAGAACACAUUCCAGCUCUUCCACCCAGACAAGAAGUACCUCUUCAAGAACCACGAGCGCCUGGAGCUCACGGCCGACACGCGCGAGGCCAUGGAGUCGUGGCAGGCGUCGUUCCUGCGUGCGGGCGUGUAUCCGUCCAAGGACGAAACGGGCGACGACCAGGGCCCGACGCAGGAGGAGCAGGACCCCGUGCUUGAGCGGCAGAUUGAGACCAUCCGCAACCUCGUCGACUCGUACAUGUCCAUCGUCAUGAAGACACUCAGGGACCAGGUUCCGAAGGUGUGCAUGUUCAUGAUGGUGAACAAGGCGAAGGAAUUCAUCUCGAGCGAGCUGAUGGCGCACCUCUACCGCAGCAGCGCCGAGACCCUCAUGCAGGAGAACCCGGAGGAGAAGGCCCGACGCGACGAGAUUCUGCGCAUGUACGAGACGAGCAAGGAGGCCCUGCGCAUCAUUGGCGACAUCAACAUGUCCACCCACUCCGAGGCCCCGCCACCGCCCAUCCCGUCCAGCGCUCCCUCCGUGACGCCUUCCCGCCCGCCCCCUGCUCAUGGUGCCAGCAGCGGCGGCGAUGCCAACGGCGGUGCGCGUCGUCCUCCGCCGCGUGUCCCGAGCAAGCCCGCACCGGCCCCGCGCGCCCCACCCCGCCCCUCAUCAGAGAGCAAGGCCGCUCGCCCUGUUCCCCCGCGUCCCGUUGUCCCCGGUCGUCCACAGGUCCCAAACCGCCCCUGAGAUGACGCCCAUGACGCACAUACGAACAAACACACAAACGCACACACACACGCACACACACACACACACUGGCACACUACCGCUGUUGUUGUUGUUGUUGACGUUUGCCCGCUGUUCUCUUUCUUUGCUUUGUCUUUGCUGACUGUAUGGGCGUACUGUAACCGCUUGCCGCGUGUGCGCGUGUGCGCGUGUGAGGGAUGCGUUGCAAGUUGCUGCUGCCUGUCGAGUUGUCGUCUCUGCCGCUGGUUCUGCAGGGGCAAGGAUUGAUACCCUCCUUCUCCUCCUACGUUCACUUGCUGCACCACCACCAUCACCACGGAGUUUGUUUCGUUGCUUCAUUUUCUGUUUGCCUUCCCUCAUGUGUCUUCUCGCUUGUUGCUUCGAGCACCCACACGUGGGUGCGUGUGUCUCGCACGUCACAUGUUCGCCUUUGUCGCCUGACUGUGCUUUUCUUGGAUGUUCUGCAUUUGUAGUUGCCGUUUCCAUUACAAAAGCCAUGUGAAAA